CCGGGUUUUAAACUUGGCUUCCUCCAUCCCGCCCUCUCCUGCUCGUGGGCUCCUGCGCACACUGUUCCGUCCCGGAGGAGGUGAGGCGUCUGUCCUUCAGGGAUCCCCCCAGACCUGGCAUGGAGAGCUUGGAGGAGUGCGGAGAGGACGCCGCGCUGGAGCCCUGCAGGACCCCCCAGGCCUACGUGACGUUCAAGGAUGUGGCCGUGGACUUCACCUGGGAGGAGUGGAGGCUCCUGGACCCUCCCCAGAAGGAGCUGUUCUGGGAGGUGAUGCUGGAGAACUACAGGAACCUGGUCUGCCUGGGCCUUGCUGAUUCAAACAAGGAUGUGAUGAUGUCUAAGCUGGAGUCAGGGGAACCACAUUGGAUUCCAACUGGUGGUGUCCUAAGAAGCUGCUGGCCAGGUUGGGAAUCGAGGCUGCAGACCAAGGAGUCAGCUCCCAAGAUGAGUAUUUCUGUGAAAGUCUUAUCCCAGGAAAAGUUCUUGGAGGAUGAUCUAAGAAUCUGCAAGAUGGCGAAAACCUGGGAGUGUGAUGGCAGGUUGAAGAAAAAGGAGAGCAUGGAGGGGAAACCUUCUAGAAGAAUAAAAAUAAUCCAAGCAGAACCUCCCAAUGAGGCUGGAGGCUCUGCAUAUGAUAAAUACAGUCAGACCCCUAGCCCAGAGCCAGACCUUUUUCCACAACAGGGAGCAUCUGUAGUUAUGCAGGGCCAGAAAGGAGAUAACCAGAGAGGGAGUUCCACCAUGUAUUUGAACCAAGGACAAAGAGAUCAAAUCCAUUCCAGGAAGAAACGUCGUAAGGUUAACAAAUGUCAGAAAGUGCUGGGCCAUGAUUUGGGCUCCAUAAAAAAACGUGGAAUUCUUUCUGAAGAGACAGUUCAUGAAACGGGGAAUUCAUUCCCUCGUAUUAAUGAAUGUGGUCCACACCAGACAACCGAUAGGAGAAAAAAGUGUAAUGAGUUAACUAAAUGGAGGAAGACAGUUUGUGCUGAACUUUACUCUCGUUGUCAGAGUAGAGAGAGACGGUACAAAUGCAGUGAAUGUGGAAAGGCCUUCCAGCAAAAGGGGGAUCUUAAAACACAUUACAGAAUCCAUACUGGAGAGAAACCUUUUAAAUGCAGUGACUGUGGAAGGGCCUUCCAGCAAAAGGGGGAUCUUAAAAUACAUUACAGAAUUCAUACUGGAGAGAAACCUUUUAAAUGCAGUGAAUGUGGAAAGGCCUUUUCCAGGGCUGGAACACUAAAACGACAUCAGAGUACUCAUACUGGAGAGAAACCCUUUGGUUGCAGUGAAUGUGGGAAGACAUUCCGAAGAAAUUCUCACCUUUUAAGUCAUCAGAGGAGAAUUCAUGGAGAAAUUAAACUUCAUGAAUGUAACGUAUGUGGGAAAGCAUUCUCUAGGAAGUAUGAUCUUACUACUCACAGUAGUAUUCAUACAGGAGAGAAACCCUUUGAAUGCAGUGAAUGUGGAAGGGCCUUCCAGCAAAAGGGGGAUCUUAAAAUACAUUACAGAAUUCAUACUGGAGAGAAACCUUUUAAAUGCAGUGAAUGUGGAAAGGCCUUUUCCAGGGCUAGAACACUAAAACGACAUCAGAGUACUCAUACUGGAGAGAAACCUUUUAAAUGCAGUGAAUGUGGAAAGGCCUUCCUGCAUAAAGGGGCUCUUAAAAGACAUUACAGAAUUCAUACUGGAGAGAAACCUUUUAAAUGCAGUGAAUGUGGAAAGGCCUUCCAGCAAAAGGGGGCUCUUAAAAGACAUUACAGAAUUCAUACUGGAGAGAAACCUUUUAAAUGCAGUGAAUGUGGAAAGGCCUUCCAGCAAAAGGGGACUCUUAAAAUACAUUACAGAAUUCAUACUGGAGAGAAACCUUUUAAAUGCAGUGAAUGUGGAAAGGCCUUUUCCAGGGCUAGAACACUAAAACGACAUCAGAGUACUCAUACUGGAGAGAAACCCUUUGAUUGCAGUGAAUGUGGGAAGGCAUUCCAGCAAAAGGGGGCUCUUAAAAUACAUUACAGAAUUCAUACAGGAGAGAAACCCUUUGAAUGCAGUGAAUGUGGGAAGGCAUUCCCAAGAAAUUCUCACCUUUUAAGUCAUCAGAGGACAAUUCAUGGAGAAAUUAAACGUCAUGAAUGUAACGUAUGUGGGAAAGCAUUCUAUAGGAAGUAUGAUCUUACUACUCACAGUAGUAUUCAUACAGGAGAGAAACCCUUUGAAUGCAGUGAAUGUGGGAAGGCAUUCCCAAGAAAUUCUCGCCUUUUAAGUCAUCAGAGGAGAAUUCAUGGAGGAAUUAAUCUUCAUGAAUGAGAUGUAUGUGGGAAAGCAUUCUCUGGGAAGUAUGAUCUUACUACUCACACUAGAAUUCAUGCUGGAGAGAAACCCUAUGAAUGCAGUAAAUGUGGGAAGGCCUUUUCCAGUAAGUCAUAUUUUACCCACCAUAGCAGGAUUCAUGCUGGAGAGAAACCUUUUCAAUGUGAUAUUUGUGGAAAAGUACUUCUCUCUAAAUUUAACCUGAACCAUCAUCAGAAAACCCAUAUUGAAGAGAAACCUUUUUUGUGCAGUGUUUGUGGGAAAGGUUUUCCUGGGAAAAAAACUCUGACUGCACAUCAAAGAACUCAUGCUGGAAAGAGAACCUCUGAGUGCAGUGAAUGAGGAAAGAUCUUUCUUCGAAAGUCAUCUUACAUCUCACUCUACUAUUCAUAUUGGGGGAAAAAUCUUUUGAAUGAGAAGGCUUUGGGAAAGCCUUUCCCCAGAAAACAGCACUGACUCUCCCCAUCAGAAAACAUAUUCUUGGGGAGAAACAUUAUGAGUGCGAUGUAUGUGGAAAGGCUACACCCACAAUAAAAGCCUUUCUUUCAUAAGAAAAUACAUUGGUAUAGGGCUGGAGCCCACCAGCUGUGUGGUUUAGUAGAUGGAGAGCCAGACGUAUUGUGUAAUUAGAAAUCUUCAAUUCUUGAACUUCAUCUCCCAGAAUUCUUUUUAAUUCAUCCAUGUUACAUCCUCACAUUUGGUAAAUAAGUUGUGUGUAACUCCACCCUUUCUCUCUCUUCUGAUGGCGCUCUGUGCUCUGAUGGCUAUGAGUGGGGUCGUGGGAAGCUUUCUUUAACUGAGAUUAUUUUCCUUAUUCUUCAAAUAUUUAUUAAUAAACUAUAUAAAACGUAAUACUUGAAGUAUUUGGAUAUUAAUAUUUAACCUUACUUAUUUGGCCUACCACUUUGGGAAACGAAUUCUCAGAAUUUCUUCUCAGCCUCUCAGGGAAGUCAGUAAGUUUGUCCAGCGGUGGGGUCUUGUUCCAUCACAGGAGUUGGGAGAGGUUUGGAGGUCGGUCACUGCUUCUAUCUCCUGCUCGCUCACCCUGCUUGGCUUCCACUGCAGCUGCCGCUGCCCCAGCAGCCAUUCCUGCUCCUCCUCCUGCUGCUACUGCGGCUGAUUGUUGCUGCUACUGGUAAGCUGCCCCAACCUGUCUUUUCCACCCACCCCAGCUUGCUUCCUAUACUUCCUGCCAAUCCCAGCCCAGCGGGGAUCCCUUUCUCCUACCAGGCAGCCUUUGACCCAAAGGGGGUCCUGGUCCUCCCUCCUAGCUAAGCCCUCUUUCCACCACAGCUAUAGGGUGUCCUCCCCUCUAAACCCAGCCCAGGAACCUUGCCUUAAUCCUUCUCACCCCUGCUGGGCAAAAACCUAGCGAGGUGGUCUAGAAAAAACUUCAGUCCUUAUCUCUGUCCACCUUACCUUUUGUAUUCUGGCACAUUGUACUACCUCAACCUCCUCCUCUGCUAGACACAUUUGUCAUAUGUCAUGCCAUUGGCAUGCUAUGACUUCAGAGGGGAUUCUUAACAUCAACUGGAAAAUGUAUUGCCAGCACAGACCUUAUUAAUCGACUUCUUUCUGUCCUCUAGCUCCCUGAAGACAUAGCCAUUGGUCACUGCUCUGUACACACCUGGCACUGACCCUGUCUCUAGGGGAAAUGUCUGAGAAGAUUCUGCUGCAAAACUAGUGGCCAUAGAAGGGCCUGAAUUAAUUUUAACAUUCACAACCAUUGAUGACUUAAAUUUAUCACUUUCCUAUAAUGAAAAGGAAAUGGAAAAAUGGAAGCAAAAAUGUAAAGCAAAAUAGAUUCGUGUAGUAUGGUUGUCUUCUGAAGGAAAACUCCAGCUCCCUAGAAGUUUUUAUCAACAAAUUUGAUGAUCGAUGCAUAAAAUGGCUAUUUUGGCACCCAGGGAAUUGUAGAUUCUGUUAAAAGAGUAUGGAAAGCCCCUGGUAUAACUACUAUAGCCUCUAAAGUGUGUACAGCCUGUUCUACCUGCCAAGCAUUUAACCAACACACCUUUUGUGGCAAAGCUUUUGGUGGACAUCCUCACUUAUACACCAUUUCAGCAUUUACAAAUUGAUUUUAUCUCUAUGACAAAAGCUGAACAGUAUAAAUGUGAAUUUUAGAUUUAAUCCACCCUGCUUAUACUAACAAAACAGGAAUGUCUACACCCCUACUUAAGAAUUAAAUGUUAAGCAAGCAAGAGCUAGAAAAAAAAUCAGAAAAUGUAAAAUCAAUCAUUUUGAUUACAUUAAAUUAAAAAGUUUUUGUACAAACAAAAUGCAUCCAAAAUUAGAAGGGAAGCAACAAAUUGGAAAACAAUCUUCAUUACAAAAACGUCUGACAAAGGUCUAAUUACUCAAAUUUAUAAAGAGCUAAACCAAUUGUACAAAAAAAUCAAGCCAUUCUCCAAUUGAUAAAUGAGCAAGGGACAUGAAUAGGCAAUUUUCAGUUAAAGAACUCAAAACAAUAAGCACAUGAAAAAGUGUUCUAAAUCUCUUAUAAUCAGAGAGAUGCACAUCAAAACAACACUGAGGUAUCACCCCACACUUAGCAGAAUGGCCAACAUAACAGCAAAGGAAUGUAAUAAAUGUUGAAAGGGAUGCGGCAAAAUUGGGACACUAAUUCAUUGCUGGUGGAGUUGUGAAUUGAUCCAACCAUUCUGGAGGCCAAUUUGGAGCUAUGUCCAAAGGAGGAUAAAAGACAGUCUGCCCAUUUAUCCAGCCAUAGCACUGCUGGGUUUGUACCCCAAAGAGAUAAUAAGGAAAAAGACAUGUACAAAAAUAUUUAUAGCUGUGCUCUUUGUGGUGGCAAAAAAUUGGAAAAUGAGGUUAUGCCCUUCAACUGGGGAAUGACUGAACAAAUUGUGAUAUAUGUUGGUGAUGGAAUACUAUUGUGCUCAAAGGAAUAAUAAAGUGGAGGAAUUCCAUGGGCACUGAAACAACCUCCAGGAAUUGAUGCAAAGUGAGAGGAGCAGAACCAGGAGAACAUUGUACACAGAGACUGAUACACUGUGGUACAAUUGAAUGUAAUGGACUUCUCCAUUGGUGGCAAUGCAGUGACGCUGAACAACUUGGAGGAAUCUAUGAGAAAAAGCACUGUCCACAUCCAGAGGAAACACUGUGGGAAUAAAAACACCAAAGAAAAACAACUGCUUGAAUACAUGGGUUGAAGGGAUGUUGGUUGAGGAUGUAGACAUUAAAUGAACAUCUUAGUGCAAACGAACAACAUGGAAAUAGAUUCUGAUCAAGGACACAAGUAAUACCCAAUGAAAUUGCGCGUUGGCAGUGGAAAGAGUGGGUGGAGGGGAGGGAGGGAAAUAAUGUGAUUAUUGUAACCAAGGAAUAAUGUUCUAAAAUGACUAAAUUAAUUCAAAUGGAAAAAAAAAAAGAAUUAAGUGUUGAGAAGGAUGGUCAGUAACAAACAUAUGCUAGCAAAUGACAAAUCAGAAACAACUGACAGACCCUCUGGACUGCCCUAAGUCAAGCUUAAGCUACCAUUGCUACAUGUGAGAUGCAGGAAGUGAUGUAAAAAAUGUUCUAUAUAUUUCCCAUCACUUCCUCUCUCUGGCCUCUUUUUGCAGAGACGUGACUCGUUGGCAAGAUGUGGCUCUGGCUCUCUCAGGGAGACAUGGCUCUCACUCUGUCUCCCACUAGUGGAGAAGUUGGUCUCUGUCAGCAACUUGGGGGGUGUUGGGUAGCGUUUAGCAUCUUGGGUCUUGGUGUGGGCAUGCUAGGUGAGUAGUUUAGACUGAUUCCUUUUUCGUUUACCUUCCAAAACACUAUCCUCUUAGGAAGCCCCUAAUCUUCUGAGGAGGCCUUGUGGUGGAGGUCUUUGAACUCCCCUUGGCACAGGCUAGACCGGAGAAAUUUUAUACCUUUCCCCUCUUUCUUCUUAAUUCCUUCCCUCUAUAUUAAUUAAAGCACUCAAAAAUUCAAAACUGACUUGAGUAUUUUUAUUGGGAUUUGAAUUAAUCCCUGGCGGCCAACUAAAUUUAUAUUUCAGUCAAAACCCCCUAAAUUUACCUCAUAUAAAUUUUGUCUGGUCAUAGUCAAUCAGCUGACUUAGUGACCUGAAGCAUUUUCUACUGUUCAGGAAACAGUGGCUUUUGUUGCCAAAGUACUUUUGAAAGAAAUUAUUCCUUGUUUUGUCCUGCCAGCAUGUAUUGAUUUGGAUAGGGGAACUCAUUUUACUGAUUCAAUCUUACUGCAAAUUUAUUCAUGUUUGGGGAUAACUCCUAAAUUUCAUAUACCAUAUCAUUCCCAGAGCUCUGACUAAGUUGAAAGAAUGAAUAAAGAACUUAAAACUAUGAUUGGCAAAUUGUGCACAGAGACUCAUUUAAAAUGGCCAGAAUUUAUGAGAAAGAAUACUAUACACAUUCAGAGGAAGAACUGUGGGAAUAGAAACUCUAAAAAUAAAAUUUGGUGAGUUAUAAAAAAAUAAAAGAUUUAGAUGGAAAAACUGUUCCAAUAUAGGUUGAAAACUGUUUAACUCGCCAAGCAGGUUCAAACUGUUUGGAUACUUUUAAUAGAGAUAAUCAAAAGAAUCUUCAGUGAUAAAGUGAAGCUCAAAUAUGAAUUUCCCUUCAGGUCCAGGUUCAAGGAUGCUCAAGAGACUCUUAUUAUAAACAUAAAAUGCUUAUUGAAAUAUAUAAGGAUAAAUAAAGGGUUUCUAAUUCUAAGGGAUUCUAAAUCCACCCAAAUAAACUCCCAGGUUCCAUAAGCAACUGCUUCUCCUGUGUUUCACUGGCUACACUAAUCUUCCAUGAUCUGACAAACCCAAAUUUAUGCUAUCUACAUAAAAACUACCACUAUUAUACUUAUAAAUCUUAACUUUGCCUUCAGAUUACAAAAUAGCAAAGGCUGCUGGUUGAGUCUCAACAAGAAUCAAGUUAGGACUCUAGGUGAAUGUGAAAACCCCUUUCUAUGGGAUGAUCUCUACCCCUUCCCUAUUUGGGACUGCUUUAGGGGAGAAAACUCCUUGCUAUGGGAGGACCUCUAUUCCACCGGUACUUAAGAAUGCUUUAGGGCAGAAAACUCCUUGCUAAACAAUGAAAGUACUUGAAAACCAUACUUAUAAAGGAAAGGAGUUCCUUGAGCCAUGCCUAUUUUUGGAAUUGAUACAAUGGGAUGCUAAGUGCCUAUAAAGGUGGGGCAACUUGUAAACUACUUAGACCUAAAAGGUGAAAACUCACUCAGAGGGUUUCUCUUAAUGAAAUUAGUCGACACAGCAGCAUUUUUUUUUUACUUACUAAAGAGAUUAAUCUACUCAGCUGUGAAUUCAAAAUGGGCUGUCUUUUGGAAAACAUCUACAGUGAUUGGUAGAUGGAAGAACUUAGGGGAGGUGACAUAGGAGAUUUUGCCCUUAAAAAUAAGAGCUCGCCAGAAGAGCUAAAAGUCAUUCUGAAACAUUGAGAUUGAGGAGAUCAUUCUGAAACAUUCAGAUUGAGGGGGAGUCAUUCUGAAACAUUCAGAUGGAGGAAGGACUGAUUCUGAAAUAUUCAGAUGGAGGAGGGAGCUGGUGAAAGCAGCUGAGAUGAUGCUGGCUUGGUGUCACUAGAUUCCUUGCUUAGGCUGACCUUGUGGUGAGUGUUAAAAGACUGACUGACUGAUCUCUCGCUCUCUUAAGACUCAGGUCUAGGCCUGUUGGCUUAAAGCCCUUCAUACUUAUUUCCUUUUUCUCUUUUCUUUAAUUCCACAUUUAUAUUAAUUAAAAUCUCUAUAAAACCCAGUUGACUUGGGUAUUGGAAUAAUUGGGAAUAUUUCCCUGGCAACCACCUUAUAUUUGAUUUUGAAUCCAAGACACUGUAGUGAAAAAUAUUUUCUGCGGUCAAAUUUUCUCACCCUCUCUUAUAUCUAUCACAAUUUAUAUCUUCCACCAUUUUAACUCAUUACAGUAUAUGGGCUUCACUAUCUUAAAUCUCACAAGACUGAGGCUUUGAACCCCUCCUUUUCCACCCCUCCUGCUGUAGCUGAAUGUUCUUCCAAAAACUACUGAUGCAAGCAUUCUCUGGAAAUCCCGGUUAGGUGGUUACAUAUUGUGAUUUAUCUGCCUAUAGAAUACUGUCUAGAUUCAAUGAGGUUAACCAAACCCUUUGUACCAAACUUGUAAAUCAUUACCUUUUGUAAAAAAUGGACUCGAAUAGAGGACUACAAUCCCCACAAGCCUUUGCUCCACUUCCCCAAAAUGCUUUGUAAUCUCACGGGAAUUCUGAGGUGGGCCGAGAUCGAGGAAGGAUUUGAGCUGGUGGCAAAGGUUUUUGGUUCUUCUUUUGGACUUCUGCUUUGGAGCAGAUGCAUCUCUUCCGUGAUGUGAGGUUAUCUGGCCUAGGCCUUUGGCCUAGGCACGUGUUUUUUCUUACUUGUAUAUCCUUUAAUCCUUAAUCCUUAUUAAACCUUUAAAAAAUAUAGUACUCCUUGCAGAGAGAAACUAAUUUCAGAUGCCUCAGUCUCCCCAUAUUCCUAAAUUUUAACUGUUACAGAUGGCAACUACUAGAUUGGAUGAGAACUUCUCAAAUUUUUUAGCCUAGAGAAAUUUUUUUAAGCCACGUAUCUCCAAGAUGCCUUUUAGAAAACCGUCUUGAUCAGCUCCUGCCUGGAGCCCUCUCUGGCUCCUGCUUCUGCUCCUGGCCUCUCACCUGGUGCCUGAGCUCCCGGACCUGUUUUUCUGAAUGCCGGCUCCAGGCCCUACCCAACCUGGCGGUCGGUCUCUCACCCAUCUGGCCUCGGACCCAGACAGCUCAUCACCCAGAUCCUUGGAGUAGAUCGCUCAGGACUCAUUUCGACCAGCUGGUAACAGUAUUGGCCACGUGGGCGGAGGGGAGAGAGGAGAGGGAAAGGAGAAAGGGUAAUUUUCCCUUAGGCUAAGCCUCUGAGUGGACAAGGGUAUUGACUCCAUGUGGGCGGCCUGGGCUCCAUGUGAACUGGGGCAGGAGGAGGUAUCAGAGCAGGAGAGAGAGAAAAGGGAGAGGAAAAGAAACAUAUUUUUUCAAACAGAAACUUAAAAAGCAAUGGGCUGUUUAAAAGGAUACCUUUUGACUCUUCUGGUAAUUUCAUUGACUUCACCUGCCUGUCAGAGAGCAGAUUCAGCCCAAAGAUUCAACUUUAACUUUGAAGGGGCAAAUGGGUGGCGCAACGAACUGGGAGCCAGACCUGAGGACAUGCGGUCCUGGGUUAAAAUCUGGCCUCAGAUACUUCCCAGCUGUGCGGCCCUGAGCAGACCCCUUAGACCCCAUUGCUUAGCCUUUACCACUCUGCCUUCUGACAAUAGACAUUUAAAUGGAUAAGAACCCAAGGAACUUUGAAGAGACUAAAGGCUAUGUUCUAAGGCAUUUCAGACUCCAAUGGUUUAUAAAAAUCUCUGAAUUCUAUUGCAUUUUUUGUUAUGGUUUAACUUUGUGAUUUUAAGUUCAUAUAUUACUGGAUUCAAUAUUAUUCUGCUUGAACUGAAGGUUGAUUGAAUUUAUUAUGUAUGUACUUAGUUGUUAAAAUUCUGUUGUUUUCCCCCUAUAACUGUGUUGAACAAAUAUUGUGAAUAAGCCCAUAUAUGAAAAAACAGCUUUUUUCUAUUUUGCCAAGGAUAGAUGGACUUCAGAACUGGUUAUAAUUGUAUUAACAACCUUGGAAAAAUUUAAUGUGCUAAAUACCUCAAAUGAUUUGAUUUUAAGGGUUUUUUAAAUAUGAUUUUUGGAAUUUUUUUUAACAAUCUGAUUAUUUUUGCCUGCCCCUACCACAAGGUAAGGCCCAUUCUAGUAGCUUAAGUGAAAUACAUUUUAUAAACUCCAACCUUCCCACAUGUGAAUGGAAGUUGGGCAGUUAAUCUCAGGACAUUUGUAUCCCUAAAAGCCUCCAAAAGAAGCACCCCUUUAUUUAUACUCUUCCGCUCACUACUUUACUUGCUCCAGAAUGAUAUCUAGAUUUCUUGAUUAUGUUCUUAACCCAAGAUGAGUUUUACUUUGUUUAAAAAAAUAUGUUUAAAUACCAAGAUUGAAAGAUUGCUAUGUUUUUAAAAAUUGUGACAAAUGUCCAUCAAUUCAUAGGUUUUAAAAAGGUCAUACAGCAACUUAUGUGAAAUAUGAAAGUGUGUUUGUUUGCUAUUGUAAUUAAUUGGGCUAUUGAGAAUUUUGGGGAUAUUGAUAUCUACAUAUUUGUACUACUGUAUUUUUAAAAAAUGAAAAAUUGUUAACCUUGUUCAAUUCAUUUGCCUUCUACUCACAGUGGAGCAUGACCAGAUAUUAAGAGGAAAUGGAUCUCAUUUUUUGUGAGAAAGCCUUGCAUUUUAUAUUUUCUUAGCUGACACAGAGUGUCAAUGAUUAUAAGCUAUAUUUUUGAAUUUUUUAAAGCUCUUUUAUUAUUAUAUUUUUCUUGCAUGUGCAAUAUACUUUUUCAGUUUUAUUAUUUUUUCUCUCCUUUUUAUAUUUGAAGCACAUGUCACCAGCAUUAAGAUUUUCUUUAACUUUUUGACUUUUCAGUGCUACAAGUUUGAAAUACAUUUGCUAAUGCAUGCCCUAAAAAGCUUGUGACUAUAAAAAUGAUGCCACUAAUUAUUUAAUAAAUUAUGGGACUUUG